AUGAGUCUGUUUAUUGAGUACACGGCGAAGAUCCUUGAGAUCAUUGAGGGGGAUGGAAAAGUGGUCAUUCAUGCGAAAGGGGAUGGAAAGACCGUACUCAACUACGAUUAUGCGAAUGAGUACAUCUGGGUCUUCCAUGUUAUCAAACGGGAAGAUGGGCGGUACAAGGUGUCGUACAUCAAGGAUUUCGUGGAUUCUUAUUUUUCUGCUGGAUUUACAAGGGCUAGUCAAGAAGCAAUCGCGAAGGCAAAGUAA